GGGACGCCUGAGUUUGUGGCCGUGUCUCAGUGCGUCCAUUACUUUGAGUGGAGGACGUACGCCGCCUGCAAGAAAGACAAGUUCAAGCCACACAAAGAGGUUCCAUGCUACGCCUUUGACUCAGACGGUAAGAAACACGACUUGAACCCUCUGAUCAAAAUCAGAGAGGGUUAUCUGGUGGACGACGGCAACGACAGCAUCGACUUCUACAUCAACAUCUGCCGCAGCAUCAAUUAUCCAGAGAAAUCAUGUCCAGAAGACUCUGCAGCUUGUCUGGUCACCACGAACGGCUCCUACAACAUGGGCUCUCCCUCCGGUCGUCUGGAGCUGGUGGGCAGUGACAGUCUGAGGAUACAGUACGAGCUCAGCCCCGAUUCGACCUCUCCGGACAUCUGUCAUGACGAGAAACCCGCCGUCACCAUCACAUUCACGUGUCCGUCCAGCAGACACUCGGGCGACAUUCCCCGGAUGACGGCGGGCUCGAACUGUCGCUUCGAGGUGCUGUGGGUGACAGAAUACGCCUGUCACCGGGAUUAUCUGGAGAGUCACAACUGCAGACUGACCAGCGAGCAGCACGACAUCGCCAUAGACCUGACGCCGCUCACGCUGAGCUCAUCAGAUCAUCCGUACUACGCUCACUCCGAGUCCACGGACGGCGUGGAAACCUACGUGUACUACCUGAACGUGUGCGGGCACAUCCUGAACGACGAGUGCGGCGGCGACGCGCUGGUCUCGUCCUGUCAGGUGAAGAAGAGCGGAGACAUGAAGAAGGUGGCGGGAAGAUACCAGAACCAGACGUUACGCUAUUCAGACGGAGACCUGACGUUGAUUUACCCUGACGGUGACGAAUGCUCCUCAGGCUUCCAGAGAAUGACCAUCAUCAACUUUGAGUGCAACCAGACGGCAUCCAACGGCGGUCGAGGGAAUCCUGUUUUCGCAGGCGAGACGGACUGCACGUACUACUUUGUGUGGCAGACGGCGUUUGCCUGCGUCAAAGAGAAGGAGGAUCUGCUGUGUCGCCUCAGAGACGGCAACAAACACUAUGACCUUUCACCCCUCACCAGAUAUCCAGGCACAGACGCCAGUGGGAACUGGGAGGCCGUCGACGCCAACUCCAUCAAGCCAAACUCGCGUAUCUACCUGAACGUGUGUCACAAAGUGGUGCAGACAGGGGGCGCCACCGUCGACUGCCCAGUGAACGCUUCAAUCUGUGCCGUAGAUGCCGCCCUCGGAUCCGUCAGCCUCGGCAGCUUCCUCUCGUCUCCUCAGAAAACCAAAGUGGGGAACGACAUCAGACUGGUCUACACGGAUGGCAGCUUCUGCAAAGCCAAGACCAGGAUCCAAACCAUUCUGACCCUCAAGUGCAAACCAGGAGAUCUGGAGAGCGCUCCUGUCCUGCGGACGGUUUCGUCUAACGGCUGCGUGUACGAGCUGGAGUGGUACACGGCUGCUGCCUGUGUCCUCUCCAAGACACAAGGAGACGACUGCAGGGUGGAGGACGCUCAGGCUGGCUUCUCCUUCGACUUGUCGCCUCUCACCAAAGACGGCGGCUUCUACAACGUCACCAGCGGGAACUACGACUACUACGUCAACGUGUGCGGCGCCGUCAAAGCCGCCAACUGUCCCGCGACGGCCGGAGCGUGUCAGGUUGAAAAGAGUUCUUGGAAUCUCGGGGAAGCGAACGCCCGCCUGUCGUACUACGACGGCCUGAUCCAGCUGAGCUACGCCAACGGCUCGCAGUACAACAACAAAGAGCACACGCGCAGAUCCACGCUCAUCUCCUUCCUCUGUGACCCAGAAGCCGGAGCUGGGAGUCCAGAAUACCAGGUUGAAGACAAGUACACGUAUAACUUCCGCUGGUACACGUCCUACGCUUGUCCCGAGAGGCCUCACGAGUGUCUGGUGACCGAUCCGCUGACGCUGGAGCAGUACGACUUGUCCAGUCUGUCUCGCUCCGUCACCAACAGCAACUGGCAGUCCAUGGAUCUGUCGGACACCACCAACCUGAGGAAGUACUACAUCAACGUGUGCCGGCCGAUCAGCGCCGUGCCGGGCUGCGACCGCCACGCGUCCGUCUGCCAGAUGAAGUACAUCCCAGAGCAGGGGAUUCUGGAGGAAGUGGUCGCCGUGAGUAACAUGGGAGUUUCCAAGCGCGGUCCCGUCGUGGAGGGACAAGACAAACUGCUGCUGGAGUUCACCGACGGCUCCGUCUGCGAGUCUGAGGGUCUGAAGCUCACGUACACGACACGCAUCCACCUGGUCUGCUCCAGAGGAACUGUGUCUGCAGGCCCGCGCUUCCUCAUGUACCAGAACUGUACUGCCAACUUCAUGUGGGAGACCCGAGCGGCCUGUGCCAUCAAAACCACCAAGAACAACAGCUGUGCCGUCGUCGAUCCCAACACUGGUUUUGAAUUUAACCUCCUGCCUUUGGCGACAGAGUCUGGAUACAAGCAGAGCGCUAAUGGAAAAGACUUCCUGGUGAACAUCUGCUCAGACAUGGCGGGGUGUGGUCAGGGCGUGGCUGGCUGUGAGCUGUAUGACGGACACGUCUCCAGUCCAGUGGGCGUGGAGAGGACGCUGCAGUAUUCCACCGACGGUCUCCUCCAACUGACGUACAAGGGACCGCUGGACGACCCCACAGCGACUCGCGACACCUUCACCAUAAACUUUGUGUGCGAUCCCAACUCUCACGCGGGUUCGCUGAAAGUGCUGCGCGAGGAGCUGAGCUCUCUGCCCAACCACGUGGUCCACGACGUCCUCUUCGAGUUCUCCACCGCUCUGGCCUGCGUCCCCUCCCCCGUCGACUGCCUGAUCACCGAUCCUCACGGGAACGAAUACGACCUGAGUCACCUGGCCCGGGACGAAGGAGACAGUCCCUGGAUCGCCAUAGAUACCGACUCAGUCAAGUCGCGCAGCUUUUACAUCAACGUGUGCAAACCUCUGCCUCCAGUCACAGGAUGUCCAGGUGAGUGAAAGUGUUUCUUUCACUGUAAUGUCAAAAUGUCACA